AUGGAGGAGCCAGAAAACAUCGGCAGCGACGCUUGCACAGCGCUCGAGUCUUCAUAUAAGGAUGGGCCAGCCAUGAAGCCAGAAAAGCGAAGAAGGGACAAGUCAAGCACGGCCACAGUAGAUAAAGUUUUGGACAGACGGACGGUUGAAGUGCUCAGCAAGCUGGUGAGGAGGGAAAAGCUCUUUGAGCUGUCUGGAGCCGUGUCGUCGGGAAAGGAGGCCAAUGUCUACACAGCAAAGUGCUCGACAGCGCUUGUUUCCAAGUUCAUACAGCCAGCUGCAGACCAUACAGCAGCCACUGGGGACUGUGGCAGAGUCAUUCCUGUUGCUCUGAAGAUCUACAAAACGUCUGCCAUGCUGUUCAAGGACAGAGCACGAUACAUUAUUGAUGAAAAAAGAUUCCAGAACUUUUGCACUUCAAAUUCCAGAAAACUGAUAAAGCUGUGGUCGGAAAAGGAGGUGCGGAAUCUAAAAAGACUGCGAAGGGCCAAUAUUCCCUGCCCCGAGCCGCUCUAUUUGAAAAGAAGCAUCCUCAUUAUGUCCCUGAUUGGAGACACACAUCCCCGCACCCAGGCUUAA